AUGUGCGAAGUUUCAGAUAUUGAAGAUUGGCUUCAUGGUAGCUUCAAUGUGUGUGUACCGAUCACUAUGAACAACCGGCAAAACAAACGAGUUCUUCUUCGAUUCCCUCUGCCCUACCGUGUCGGCGAGGCCCCUAAUCCUGGCAGCAGCGACGAGAAGAUUCGCUGUGAAGCGGGGACCUAUGCCUGGCUCCAAGAAAAUUGUCCAGAAAUACCUAUUCCCCAGCUCUAUGGCCUUUCAUUAUCGACCGGCGAAGUGCAUAUCAAACGCCUCGUGGACCUUGAAUGGGCCUGCUCCCGGCCAACCGAAAUGAUGAUGCCUCCAUUCUGGCUUACAGAUCAGGGCGUGGAUGAGAUUGUUCCCCAGGAAUACGACCCCGUCCGUCGACAAUUCAUGGAGGCUCUGGUCACUGAGGAGGAGCUGACUCGCCGCAAGAAUGAUGCUGCAUUUACACCGUUCCGUCUCUCGGAGAUCUUGAAUCAUACAUGGGAGUCGGGUGCAUUCUGGUACACAUUGGGGAUCUCAAGUCCCUCGGGGUUGUUCACAAUCUUCACCGACCAUAUCAAGCCUUUAUUUUGUAACAAACAUGAUGAAGAAUCAUAUGUGGUCAUGCCCUUCUUCUUUGAAAAGAACGUGGGAGACAUUGCAGGACGCAAGUUGGCGGACAAAGAGAUAUACGACAAAGACCUCCUGUAUGCCUUUGAACACGGGACAGACUACUUGUCUAAUUGA